CUAAACUAAAGCAGUAAUUUAAUUUUUGACCACCCACACUUCCGCCCACAGUUUGGUCACAUGGUUGUGACGUCACGCCCUCCCGAAGCUUGUACAGACUAGCGUCUGUCAAGGAGAAACAUGAAAGCAAUGCAGGCAUUACGCUUUAUAGUGAUUCGGCAAGCCUGCACAACUUCACAGUCUACCGCCAUUAUUGCUGCCAAGCACCCCUUUAAGGUGCAACUGAAAGCAGGAAAGAUGUAUCCAUGGUGUAGUUGCGGACAUAGCAAGAAGCAACCGUUUUGUGAUGGUUCCCACCGACAAGCUGCCCCUGGCCUUUCACCACUGCGCUUCACACCCACAGAGGACAAAGAAGUGUGGCUUUGUGGCUGCAAACAGACAAAAAAUCCUCCGUACUGUGAUGGUACACACAAAGAGAACCACAUUCAAAAUUCUGCCUAGUACUAGCAUCACCAACUCAUAUCUAAGCAGUGUAAAAUUGUUUCCACAAGAGUAGAUUUAACUGCUCCAUGGGAUCUUCUGGUUCUGUAAUAAAGAUGAUAAAUAAUUAUAUGGUAAUAUCUGUAAAUCAGUGCAAUGAAGAAGCCAAACACAUCCAUUUCUGCAGCCUGUCAAUAUUUUGCACCUGAUUUUUGUUAAUAAAUACAGGGGAUUAGGGCAGAAACAUUGUUCUAUUUCUUAAGUCUGUAUCUAUAAAAAAGUGCAGACUGUUUGAAGAGCUGGGCAUCUAAUAUAUCGCAAAUAUUGGCACCCAAGCUGUUGUGAAGAUGUUUAUCGUUGUAGGCAACUAAACCUUUAGAACCAUCCCUCAUUCAUUUUAAUGGCAAUUGAUUUCACACGUGGAUCAGGUGAUUGUCAUUUGAGAAUUGUGCAAAUAUGUGCUCUCCCGGAUACACCUGCAGUUCCAUGUGAUUGCCUUUGAUAUGCACGGGGAGGGGCAAUUCUAGUGUUUCAUUAUCUGCCUGCUCAGAGUUUUGUGCAUGGUAAGAUUUGUCACCAGCACUACCGUGGUUAAGAAAUCUCCUGAAAAAGACUUGCUAUUAAGGAACAUUACACGCUUGUCCCUAGUAAAACAGAUAAUCAUGACUAAAUCAUGGGAAAAUGCAAAACAAGGUUAUUUUCUGUGAUUAAGCCAGAUAACUGCGAGUAUAUGUUUUCUUGCGGCUAUCGUAAUAUUAUGCAGUGGCAAGACAUAUUCAGGAAAUUUUUCAACUGCGGCAGCGCAGAUUUUUCUGUAGGCAACAAAUUUUACUGCAUGCCAUUA